GGACUGGACACCCUCAUCCUCGCUGCGAGUUUGGGACGGGAUGAUAUCGUCCACUUACUACUGCGCAGUCAUGCCGAUGUGGAUCAUACGACUAGCAUGGCAGAGACAGCCUUGCAUCACGCCGCUCUUGGGGGCCAUACCAGGAUUGCAUCGGCGCUCCUGGCAGAGCAUGCGGUGAUUGAUGCUCAGAAUUCCGAAGAUAUGAGACCUUUGAUGCAUGCCUGUUGGGAAGGUCAUCUUGAAUGUGUUCGAGUGUUGGUGAGCCACGGGGCCAAUGUAAGCUUGACUGACUCUCUGGACUGGACUCCUUUG